AGUCAGGUAGAGCACGACUAAUGUUCGCCAUGAAAAAGUCUGUGAGUGUAUCGUCUGAGAGCUCCCUGCCGCCGCCGGAGGACGACGUGGACGGCGACGUGUGCUCCGACGAGCUGCUGGGCUCGCAGUCCCGCCGCUGGCUGACGGAUAUUCUGAGCGGGGGCAUACCGCAGAGCGGCGAAGUGAGCCCGGCGAGCGGGCUGUUCGUGGACUCUGAACUCUGUUCAUCACCUCAGUUCAUAGUCGAUGGCGCAACGAGGCUGGAUUUUUGCCAGGGGAAACUCUCUGACUGCUGGUUACUCUCAGCUAUAGCGUCUCUCUCCAUGAAUCAAUCGCUGCUAAAGAAGGUUGUGCCUCUGGGCCAGAGCUUCCAAGAUGGAUACAGUGGUUGCUUCACUUUCAGGUUCUGGCAGUACGGUCAGUGGGAGGAGGUACAGAUCGAUGACCUGCUGCCCACUGUGAACAACAAUCUGAUCUUCCUCAGGUCCCCAGACAGACAGGAGUUCUGGAGCGCCCUGCUGGAGAAAGCCUACGCCAAGUUGAAUGGUGGCUACCUAGCUCUGGGCAUGGGCUACCCUCAUGAGGCCAUGGUGGAUAUGACGGGCGGGGUGACAGAGGUUUUCCAGGUGGCCUCACUUCCCAGAGACUUGCCGACCUUCCUCAGACACCUGCUGGUCAGAGGAGCACUCAUCAACUGUGCCAACUGCCAGGGUCCUCUGGAGCAGAGGAAUGAACUGGGAAUCAUGUUUAGACAUGCCUACGCUCUGACUGCAGUGGAUAAGGUAACUGUCACUGAACACGACCAAGAAAUGUUAAAUCAAGAGUGGAAAACUGUGAGCAUCGAGGAGCAGAAACGACUCGGCAGAGUCAGACAGGAGGACGGAGAGUUCUGGAUGUCGGUGUCGGACUUCCGACAGAACUUCGAUAUGAUGGAGGUCUGCCACCUGACGGAGAUUCUCAGUGAACCAGGCUCCAGCAUGUUGCCUUUGAGCUGCAUUAUGCAUCAUGGCACCUGGGAGCCGAACAUCACAGCAGGAGGCCGUCCUCAAGGAGGUUGGUUCUAUCAGAACCCCCAGUUCUACUUUGUUCUGUCAAAGGCGGACGAAAACCUCGACAGCGCUCAGAAGACCUGCUCCUUCGUUUUGGCUCUGAUGCAGAAACACCAGAGACGAAGGGCUGGCGUAAACGAGUGUGUGCUGUCUCUCCAGGCCCAUCCUAAGAAUACGUACCUGUCCCGUGAGGACCUGAGCGUGCUCCGCCCAGUCCUCUGCAGCCCCGAGCAUGUCGCACGGCGGGAGGUUGUUCUUCGUGACUCGCUCCCACCGGGUACCUACAUCAUCAUCCCCUCCACCGCCGAGCCUAAUCAGCAGGGAGCCUUCCUCCUGCGGGUGCUGACGGAGCAGGGCAACAAUGCCACACCAGCUCGAAAACCAACAACAGAGGACAUCACACCAGUAACAGAGCUGUUCAUCCACACUGAAACGACUGAAACGCUUACGUUCCUGUACUGCGCAUGCAUGAAACUGCUGGCAGGAAGCGAGAAGUACUUGACUUUGGAGCAGUGCAAGAGCCUGGUGGUCCUCAUGGAUGAUAUCUUCCUCACGUAUGACAAGGACAAAACUCAGCGCCUCGAAUAUCAGGAGGUCAUGCCCUCACUGAAAGCAGCAGGCAUCUGGGUGGACAAGUUGGUGAUGCAGCUGGUCGGACUGAGAUACACGGAGCUGGACAUGACCAUCAGUUACCCCGGCUUCCUGUACCUGCUGAUGAAACUGGAGAGCAUGAUCCACAAAUUUCAGGCAUACGACGUGAUGGGAACGGGAGCAGUAACCAUCAGCUACAGACAGUGGCUCCACAUGACCAUGUACAACUGAACUGAACUGCUCUACCCAGACACCCUCACCUGGAUCACCUGAGUUUUGUUUUUCCUUCUUUUUUCAUUUUUGUAGGUUUGUGUAAUUCUGUGCCAAAAAUGUUUAUUGCAGAAAAAGAAACAUAUGGCAAACAGAAAAGUGAAUAUUUCUGAAGCUGUUUUUCUUUCCUCACACACUCAAACAAUAAGGACUCUCCUGAGUCGUGCAAACAGCCAAAGUCAAAGGUCAAGGCAGGAUGUGCUGCUGUGAGGAAGUUUAUGAUGAAACUUCAGUGACUUCACCUUCAUUGUCCUCUCAGUCUGACAUCAUUUCUCAACACGCCUCUAAAUGAGACAAUAAACACAGAGCCUCUUCAGUUUUAACUUUUACUUUGUUCAAAACCACAGAAGACUGUUUGUCCCAACACCGAUCAUCAUACCUAGAAUAAUCAAUAAAAUAUGCUGUCCUCCUGAUCAACAUGCAUUUUUGUUCAAUUUCAUUUAAUUUACACUCAAAAUCUAAGUGUGUGUGCGUGCAUUCAUGUAUGUGUGUAUGUUUGUUAACUUGUCUUUUGUGUUUCAUUGUAAAAUUUUAGGUUUUUAUCUUGUGAGUUUGAGUGUACU